UUGGCAACAACGCGAUUCGAUGCGCCACGCGGUUGAGCUCCCGUUUGGGUGCCUGCUUGCAGAGCGUGGAAUGUUGCAUCAGAAUUCUACAAAACCUACUUAAAAGCUGUUAACGUGCCAGUUUUGUUUUGUACCUAUUUAUUUAUUUAAACAAACAGAUAGGAAACCAUGUGUGGAAUUUGGGCAAUUUUUGGAACCGAAUCCAAUAUGCAUUCAAUCUGUGCAAGAGCCUUCAAUAAAAUUGAACACAGAGGACCAGACGCUUGGCGAGUUGAGUUUGAUAAGCAACUGAAGAACUGCUGCAUCGGCUUUCACAGACUGACAAUUGUCGACUGCACCUAUGGAAUGCAGCCCAUGCGACUGCACCAAUUUCCCCAUCGAGCUUUGCUUUGCAACGGCGAACUGUACAACUGCAAAGAGCUGAAGAAAGAGUUUGAAUUCAACUACGAAACGUUCAGUGACGUCGAAUGCAUUUUCCAUCUGUACGAAAAAUUCGGCAUUGAGAAAUGCGUCCGAAGUUUAGAUGGAGUUUUCGCUUUUUGUAUCGUCGACAUACCCAAAAGAAAAGUCUUCCUGGGGCGAGAUCCGUUUGGAGUGCGACCGCUCUUCAGGAUCAUCAGCGAUAAUGGUAUUCUGGGUGUAUGUUCAGAAGCGAAAGGGCUUGUCGCCAUUAGUUCAGAUCUGAAUGGGUACAAGAAAAAACUGGAACCAUUUCCACCAGGCACAUUUGAGGAAUACGACCUGCAUCCGAACGGCACCGCUAAACUAGUGAGGAGUGAACGGUAUUUCAACCCGGGGGAUAAACCAUCGUUUACCACCUUUGUACCAUGGGAAGAUCUGACUUCCCAAGCCCAUGAAGCCAAUAUAAGGAAAUUGCUUACAAUGGCUGUGAAAAAGCGACUAAUGGCAGAUCGACGAAUCGGCUGUUUGCUGUCGGGGGGACUUGAUUCCUCUCUUGUGGCAGCCCUUGUGGUCCAAGAGGCAAAAAAAAUCAACCUGCCCUAUAAAAUACAGACUUUCGCCAUUGGAAUGGAGGGAAGUCCGGACUUGGAAAAGGCGCAGCAGGUCGCCAAGUUUCUGCAAACUGACCAUCAUGAAAUAGUGUUCUCGGAAGAAGAUGUGGCCAGAGUGUUAGAUGAUGUGAUUUACACUCUGGAGACGCCCGAUAUUACCACAAUAAGGGCGUCGAUAGGAAUGUAUUUGAUCUCCAAAUAUAUCUUAGACAACACGGAUAGUACUGUGGUGUUUAGUGGAGAAGGGGCGGAUGAGGUGGCGCAAGGGUAUAUUUAUUUCCGAGACGCCCCAACAGCACAAGACGCUCAUGAGGACAGCAUCAGGCUCCUAAAGCAAAUUUACAUGUUCGAUGGGUUGAGGGCUGACAGAACUAUGGCCGCUCAAAGUUUAGAACUUAGGGUGCCGUUCCUGGACCUCCAGUUCACAAACUACUACCUAAAUGUGGAUCCUGAACUCAAGCAACCGAAGGACGGAGUGGAAAAAUUUCUACUCAGAUCGGCGUUCAGUGGUAGCGAUCUUCUACCCCAUGAUAUUCUGUGGCGGCACAAGGAAGCCUUCAGUGACGGAGUGGCGUCGAAGAAAAAGUCCCUAUUUGUGAUCCUGCAGGAGAUCACAGACAAACGGAUGCCUGAACCAUUCGACGCGGACAAAGCCAGGAAAAAGUACCCCCAUUGCACGCCGACAACAAAGGAAUCGCUUUACUACAGAGAAGUGUUCGAGAAGAGUUAUCCAAACCAAGCGGAGAGCUUCUUGCCAUAUUUCUGGAUGCCGCGAUGGGUGGAAGGAAUCACCGAUCCUUCUGCUCGAUUUAUCAAGCACUACGCCGCUGAUCCUGAACAGCAAUAAAUGCCCAAGCUUGUUUUCCUCAUCUGGUUUUAACAAGAGUCUCUCAAAAGA